AUCAACUGUCUUUACCCCCCCUCCUCCUCUCUAAGUUUAUCUGCACACUCUGCUCCCGCUCACUCUUUGCUUUGUCGCUUGAACCUCAACUAAUUUCUAACGGAUUCAUUGCGAGGAUAACGCAUAAGGCCAGAAGAAACAAGCAUAUAUACAGAAGGAUGAGACGGUUGUAAAGGAGACUUAUACAUCAGAAGAGCCUGAACCAAUGGAGGACGAUAACGUUUCGUCUGCUGGGUUCGAGCCUCUCUUCAUUAAAGAAGAGGAUGCGGAUCCGAACAGAACCCUCAUGGAGCAAAGAGAGCGGAAUACGACACAACCUGGACUAACCUUCCCAGAAACACAGCUGAAUCAAUCAACCAUAAUUAAGCCAUACUUACAAGAGAUGGAUGACUUGCUGAAAAGCUGUGAGGGGCUGACUGGUAUCCCGUUUGGCUCUCACUUCUCAGCAAGUUUCAAUGAAACAAGCCUGACUGAAUCAACUCGUAGCCACAGCAAAGAGGAAGAUGCAAUGGAGAGCUAUGGAGACCCUCCCCAAGCAUAUCUUUCCACAAGCUACAUCGACACACACAUGGAUGGGGCUGAAACAGAACACCAGCCAGUGCAAGGCCAGUCGCCAGUCAUAAACAAGUGUGGAGUAACCGCAGAAGCUUCUCAAAUGCCUCUCACUUCGGCGGGAAACAAGCUGAGUGAAACCAUGGUGCAGUACGAGGGUCAGCUGUUGGGGAUGCUGGCCAUGCUGGAGAGCUGCAUGGAAGAGACUGGGAUGGACUUUGAGCCCCAAGGGUGGGCUACAGAUGCAAGCCAAGAGUAUGUACACAUCAGUAAGAAUCCUCAACUUCAUAGGGGUACAACUCUGGUGCCCGUUCAGCAAGAGAGGCCAAUGAAGAUGGAGACCCAGCCGAUGCAAUUUCAGUCCUGGGCUGGUCAACAUGCUGGGGGAGAUGAAGUUUCCAAGCAAAGCAGAAAUGACGGAGCAGUGGGUUCGGCAACUAAUGGAAGCCAGCGGAAUCCUGUGCUUAGCUGUGACAACAUGGCUGGCUUCUCAAUGGAAACACUGGACUGGCAAGACCAGGGGGUUCUUCAUCCUCAGUUCAGGUUUUCAGGGCCUUCAAUGCCAAUAGAUAGUACAGAAAAUGAUCCAAUGUGCUGUGAGGCGACAAAGACAGAAGACGACAUGAAGGGAGAUGUAAUUGGGAUCGAAGUAGACGACAAUGAAUUGCCAGCUGAAGAGAGACAGGGGCUCAACAUGGACACCAUCAAUCUGGGAUCUGGCAUGAGUGAACUAGGCGCACUAGGGUCUCAGAUGGAGGAAUGCAUAGUGGAGGUGCAGCGGUUAGAGAAGAGGAGGAUAGAGCUGCUGACGGAGGUGCUGGAGUUGAGAGGGAAUAGAGACAGAGAGGGGAGCAAUGAGGAAGAAGAGGAGACAAUUGAUAGCAAAGUGGCAGAGCUGAUGAACGCACUGAAGAAGGAGGAAGAGGGGAGAAGAGAGGAGAGGAAGAAAGAGAUUCAGAGCCUCAGGGAGGAGAGAGCGGCGGAGGAGAAGAUGCUGUGGAAGGUAAACCUGGAGAGACAGGGGCUGUAUGAGGAGCUUAGAAAGCUGAAGAGGAGGCUCUUCGCCAUGGCGAGGGACUGCGCUCAAAACCAGGCUGCCCUAAACACCCAGCACCGUGAGGUGGAGCUGCUAAAGAGAGAAGAGGAGAAGCUGCAGUCGCUGGUGCUCCAGCUGACAGAAGAGGGCUCCCAGCUCAGGGCAGCUCAACAACAACAGCUCUUAGAUCUGCAAGUACAGCUUCACACCCAGAGCUCCACUCAGACCUCCAACACCCAAGACGAACUGACACAGUGCAGGAGGCACUCCUGUGGAGACAUCCAGCAGUAUCUGCAGGGCGGGCUGAAAGCGCUGGAGGACAGGUAUGAACCCAUUUUGCUCAUAUUGCUGAAGAGAAGGGACACAACAGCCGCAGCACUGGUGAAAGCCAAAGAGCAGGCCCAGGAGCUGAGGGCCCAGCUGAGACCCCUAAGGGAGGAGAUCCAAAAGUUGAAUCUCCAGAGGGCUUGCCUGGAGGAGAAACUCAAACUAAUUCACUUACAGAGGAGAGAGGAUGUGGGGCAGUACAAGGAGACAGUGUACUUUCUGGAGGACAGCAGCAGAGAGCUGAAGGCAGAGUUAAAGAUUCAGAAGAGACAAACCAAAGAGAUAGAGGAGCUGAGAGACAGCCUAAACAAACAACUACAACUUUACAGGGCUGCCAUUGAGGACCAUAACAAGUGUGACGAUGAGGAGGAAACAUGAUUGUAUGAUCUUGAUUAAAAAAAACCUGAGUUCUGUGAUUUAAUAACAAACUGAUUAUUUUUUAUCUGCAACAUAGUGAACUCCAAGAUUCAGUUACUGCACUUUACACACAUUAAGAGACAUGCUGUUGUUAAAACAAAUAACUAAAAAUUGACUAGUUUUAUUUUAGAACAGACUGCAGCUUGUAGAGGGUGUUUUUAUUAUGAAUAAAGGCUUUGUGUUCGUUGUAAUCCA